AUGGUGACAAUUUCGAAUCAGAAGCUCCGAUUCGUCUUUGCGAGUUGUGGUCACAUGGUCAUCGUAAGAUUAGCCAAGUUAAAUGGAGUGCAGGUGAGAAACCUGAGACAGCUUGCCGACGAGGUGGUGAAGAUUGAACAACAAACUAACCACGAGUCGAUGAUGACAUUCGAGUUGGUGAAUGGCGAUGUUGUGGUUAUUCCUGUUGAGGAAGCGAUAGAGGCAAAUGAAGAAAUUAUGAAGCGCAACAAGAUUGCCAAACGAAUGAACUUUCGAGAGUGA